GCAGCUGCGGCUCUUUCCCCGGCUCUCCCUCCUCCCUCGCCUCUUCCGCGGCCAGCCAUCCACCGCGGCGCGCGCCAUGGCCGACCCGCCCGCUCCUCCCGCCUCGGCCGCCGUCGGCGGCUCCCAGCGGCUGCUUUUCACUCACGACUUGGUGUCGGGCCGCUACCGGGGCUCGGUGCGCUUCGGCCUGGUCCGCGUCAUGCACGGCGAGGACUCCGACUCGGAGGAGGACGAGGCAGGACGAGGCCCCGGCGGCGGCAGCGGCGGCAACGCUGGCGGCGUUCCCGGCGGCGUUCCCGGCGGGGGUGCGGGUAGCUCGGGCGGGUCCGAGUCGGGGGCCCCGUGUGGCGGCGAGGAGAGCCGCGGCAGCCCCCUCCGCCGCGGCUACGUCCGGGUCCAGUGGUACCCGGAGGGCAUCAAGCAGCACGUCAAGGAGACCAAGCUGAAACUUGAAGAUCGGUCAGUGGUACCUCGGGAUGUUGUCAGGCAUAUGGGCUCACGGGACAGCCAGUGUGGGACAGUUGUUGAUGUAAAUAUAGAGUGUGCAGUAAAACUGGUGGGAACCAACUGUAUCCUUUAUCCUGUCAACAGCAAAGAUCUUCAGAAUAUCUGGCCGUUUAUGUAUGGUGACUGCAUAGCCUAUGACUGGUGGCUGGGGAAAGUGUACGAUUUAAAGAACCAAAUCAUUCUGAAGCUCUCCAAUGGAGCCAGGUGUUCCAUGAGUACAGAAGAUGCAGCAAAACUCUAUGAUGUCUGUCCCCACGUUAGCGACUCGGGCCUCUUCUUCGAUGACUCGUAUGGCUUUUAUCCCGGGCAAGUUUUGAUUGGUCCUUCAAAAGUCUUCUCAAAUGUGCAGUGGCUUUCAGGGGUGAAGCCUGUUCUCAGCACAAAGAGCAAGUUCAGAGUGGUGGUAGAAGAGGUUCAGGUGGUAGAAUUAAAAGUUACUUGGAUCACAAAAAGCUUCUGCCCUGGAGGUACAGAUAGUAUAAGCCCACCACCAUCUUUAAUCACACAAGAGAAUUUAUCUAGGGUAAAACGCUUGGGUUGCUUUGACCAUGCUGAGCGGCAACUUGGGGAAAGGUGUCUGUAUGUAUUUCCUGAGAAAGUAGAGCCUGCAAAAAUCACAUGUGAGUGCCCAGAGAGAAACUGUGUUUUGGGAGAAGGAGCUGUUGCCAAAAAGAUGGCCUGUCUUUGUAUCGUAUCCAACGUAAAGCCUGAAAAGGUAAGGAGAUUAUUGAAGAAGCAGAUAGUGAAGAUUAUGUCAUGCUCCCCGGAUUCUCAGGGUACCACUCACCUCCCUGAAGGAGAAUCUGCUGCAACCGGUGACCAACAAUCUGAAGAUCUUAAACCUAUCUCUCAAUGUGAACUGGAAGAAUCUGCCAAUGGUGCUGUAAGAUUACAAGAGAUAAAGGAAGAGCACCUUGGUGAAAUCGGGAAAGGUAUCACCUGUGAAGCUGCUGGGCUGCAGUUGCAACCACCGUUUGUGCUGAAACGAGAUGACAUCUCUUCGGACUACAAGCUGCAGUCAAUAGAGCAGGAUGCCGAUGACGAAGCCGCAGACGACACAGAUGACACCAGCUCCGUGACCUCUUCUGCCAGCUCCACAGCCUCUUCUCAAAGUGGCAGUGGCACUGGACGCAAGAAGAGCAUACCCCUCUCCAUCAAAAACCUCAAGCGGAAACAUAAAAAAAAGAAAACCAAGGUUUCCCGGGAGUUUAAACCAGGUGACAGGGUUGCUGUAGAAGUGGUGACCACAAUGACUUCAGCUGAUGUGAUGUGGCAGGAUGGCACCGUGGAGAAAAACAUUCGCUCCAAUGAGCUGUUUCCCGUGCAUCACUUGGACAACAAUGAGUUUUGCCCUGGGGAUUUUGUGGUGGAUAAAAGAGCACAGAGUUCUCUGGACCCUGGUAUGUAUGGAGUAGUGCAGUCGGGAGACCACGUUGGCCGCACCUGCAUGGUGAAGUGGUUCAAGCUGAAACCCAGCGGAGAUGAUGUGGAGCUUAUUGGGGAGGAGGAAGAUGUCAGUGUGUAUGACAUCGCUGAUCACCCAGACUUCCGCUUCCGCACUACUGACUUUGUGAUCCGCAUUGGCAAUGCUGAGGAUGGUGCUUCAAUCAGUGAAAAUGAGGCGAGUCAUCCAUCAGUGGGACAGGUGGCUCGUGUGGAUUUCAGCAGCAAAGUGGAAGUUGUGUGGGCUGAUAACUCCAGAACAAUUGUUCUGCCGCAGCACUUAUACAACAUAGAAUCUGAGAUGGAUGAAGAGACCGACCUUGAUUCCAUAGACGGCAGCACCAGUGGUGCCUCCUCAGAUGAAUGGGAGGAUGAGAGUGAUAGCUGGGAGACAGACAAUGGCCUCAUGGAAGACGACCAUUCAAAAACCGAGGAAGCGGAGCCUGAGGAGCCACCCCCCGUGGAAGAGGUGAAGAAAGUGGAAGAGCAAGUGCAAGGUGCCGUGGCAAUGGCAGUGGCAGAUCUAGCAGCAGAUAAGUCUGGCAAAGAAGGAACACCGAAAAGUUUCCGAGAGCUGAAGGAGGCUAUUAAGAUCUUGGAGAGCCUGAAGAAUAUGACAGUGGAACAGUUGCUGACGGGCUACCCGACUUCUCCAACAGUAGAACCGGAAAAGCCUACCCGGGAGAAGAAGUUCCUGGAUGAUAUCAAAAAGCUGCAGGAGAACCUGAAGAAGACCCUUGACAAUGUUGCCAUCGUAGAGGAGGAGAAGAUGGAGCCGACGGUGGAGGCCGAGAAGAAGGAAGACAGAGAAGCACAGACCCCGGUGGCAUCAGAAUGGCCGAGUGAGACGCCAGUGCUUUGCCAGCAGAGUGGUGGCAAGCCUGGAGUCACUUUCACCAGUGCCAAGGGGGAAGUAUUCUCUGUGCUGGAGUUUGCCCCAGAUAGUCACGCCUUUAAGAAAAUGGAAUUCCAGCCUCCAGAAGCCAAGAAAUUUUUCAGUACAGUGAGGAAAGAAAUGGCUCUGUUAGCAACCUCGCUGCCAGAUGGUAUCAUGGUGAAAACUUUUGAAGACAGAAUGGAUCUGUUUUCGGCAUUAGUCAAAGGACCCACACGCACACCAUAUGAAGAUGGUCUCUUCUUAUUUGACAUCCAGCUCCCCAACAUCUAUCCAGCUGUCCCCCCUCUCUUCCGCUACCUUUCCCAGUGCAGUGGGAGACUGAACCCCAACUUGUACGAUAAUGGAAAGGUCUGCGUAAGCCUUCUGGGAACGUGGAUAGGCAAGGGCACAGAGAGGUGGACCAGCAAAUCCAGCCUUCUCCAGGUGCUCAUCUCAAUCCAAGGGCUUAUCUUAGUUAAUGAGCCUUAUUACAACGAGGCAGGCUUUGACAGUGACCGGGGCUUGCAAGAGGGCUAUGAGAACAGCCGUUGCUACAAUGAGAUGGCCUUGAUCCGUGUGGUGCAGUCCAUGAUGCAGCUGUUGCGCAAGCCAGUGGAAGUCUUUGAACAGGAGAUCUAUGAGCACUUCUGCUGCAACGGCUGGCGCUUGAUCCAUCGUAUUGAGUCCUGGGUGGAGACAAAUGAGCUGGUUGAAAGAAGCCAUGACCAAGCCAGUCUGGGGGAUUCCUGUUUUGUGCAUUCAGCAUGUGGCAUUCUGGCCGAGAGCCCUGUAGACAGCAUGGGGCCACUGGGUGAGCAAGAGUUAGGGGCGGCGGCUGCAGCUAGCCUGUUACCUGAUGGUAGAGAGGAACUAGAAGACUCUGGCUGUGGAAUAUCAACACUUACUUCUAGUGACACCCAUCAGUAUUCAGACUCGGAGAGCAUGGGUCAAGCCAGAGCAGCGCACUUUGCCAGAGACCUAACGGAUGAAAGUAAAGCCACUCAGGACUCUGCUUCUCAGCAACCUAGUGUGAAACCAAAGAAAAGAAGAAAGAGCUACAGGAGCUUCCUCCCUGAAAGGAGUGGCUACCCCGACAUUGGGUUUCCCCUGUUCCCACUAUCCAAGGGGUUCAUAAAGAGCAUCCGCGGUGUCUUGCAGCAGUACCGGGCUGCCUUAGUAGAAGCCAACAUCCCAGAGUGGACAGAAGACAAGUAAAACAUCAGGUGAUAGGGGACAGACAGACGCACAGAAAAGAAGGGGAAGGGAGGAGGAAACUAGCAAAAGUUGUCAACAAUAAAUAGACUGUCUCUCACUGCACCCAUUCCUCCUUGGCCUGGUUUAUUAUACCGAAAGCAGAAGCUCCCGUAACUUAUUUAAGGCUGGUUCAUUCCUUCCACAUUCCAGAUGCAUAGGAUGGCUGAGCAGCUCUGCGCACACAUCCCUGCCAUGUUCUCCUUUUGCAUUUGAUCCUGAGAGAUUAGGAGCUGAGGCCUUUCUGUUCCAGACCUUAUGCAAAGCUGGAAUUGAGAUCGUCUCAGCUCCUACUUGUAUGAAGUAACUCCCUUUUCCUCUUUUGAUCUUCUUGGGUGACUGCGGUAUGUGAAGAGGAUGGUGGAUAAUUUUUUUUUUAAUCCCGGAAGAUGCUCGUUUUACUUCUAGUGAGGAAAAUGUAAUGUUCUUCUUAUUCUUCCACCUUCUUACCCAUGUUUACUAAAACGGGGGGGGCCUGUCAGUUUGCUCUCAGUAAGCCACAUUUUGACUGUCCUUUCCUGAUCUGUUCACCGCUUACCACCUCUGUGAGCCAGAGGAACCAUUUCCUCACAGAAUAGUAAAAGACAGUGUCAGGCUUGGACCACUACGUGAGAGCAUUUAAAGGAUGAAUAAUCUGUUUCUUUUUCCUCGCUGUCCAUUGGCAGGCCAUUUUGAGGCAGAACCUUAAAUGCCGCACGAGCUGUACGUGAGGUGGUCAGCACUUGGAACCUUCAGCUUGUGCAAAUCACCUGCUGUCUGUCUCGAGCGUACAGAAAAGUUCUUUCUACUUUGCCUUGAAGGGGAAUAGUGUAUAUAGCGUAGCUCACUAUUCUCCUGGAUACAUGAACUAUCUGCCAUCCACUUAACCAUGUACAUCAAGGUACCUCAGGGUGGCAUUAGAACAAUUGCAUGGUGCAACCCACAUUUUUCAAUUUCUGCUUUCGGUAAUGGGUUUGCCAAGUAGGUUCUGACUCCGUAUCUCCACUGAUUCAUAUCAACUUUAUAGCAGGAAGCCUAUGCUCUGGUAGGUAAUGGGUCACUCUAGUCCAGCAGCCUUUAUUGUGAGCCACUGUUAAUUCAUGUCCCUUGUUUCCUAGACUUCAGCUUCUCUGAUAUGACUUGAUACUGUGACAGAGUAGGUGUUAGAAGGCCCAGCCCUGUACUCUUAAUCACAGCUGGUGGUGCAUUUAUAUUCUCACUUUCUUUUUCAUUCAGUGUUCCCACACUGUUGCAUGGCAUUGGUUACCUGUAUACUUCUGUUUUCUGAUAAUGAGCUAGUGCCCCUCUGUCAUCCUUCCAGUGCAUGGAUCUAGUUUGAGAUGCCAAGGAGGAUGGUACAAGUCUUGUGUUGCUCAGAUGUUAGUCAUCAUCGUGCUACAGAUCAAGGCAGGCUUUGUUCUCCUUUUGUGGGGGUGGGGGGGGAGCUGCAGCACGUCUGUUUUGUGGCCAACCCAACCAUAAGUCUCAAGGGGUGCCAUGCUAGUAAAUAGGCUGCUAUUUUGAGGGGAAAGAAGAAGGCUUUCUCCUCAUUUUCCCUCAAGCACAAGUAAAAGUGGCUUGGAAAAAAGAGCAUAAAUAUAUAUGCACCUUUUUCCUCACUGUCAGUAAAAGUGGCUUGGGGGAAGUAUCUGUUAGCAGGGAAGAUCAAAUCCCCUCUUUCCCUGGGAGAAACAGCAGCCUUAGUACCUGUAAUACGGACAAGAAUUUUUAAAAAGUAGUUGGAGAACUACAUUGCCAGACACUCUGUUAAUAGUGUGAAAGGGCAGACAGCAGGGGGCCUGUUCUCUGUUGAUAUAUGUUGCCACAUUCCUCUUGCUGUUGGGAGUUUGGUUCCUCCUCUCCCUUGGAGGUGAGCUGACCACAUCAUCGUGACACAUCAGAAACAUAAACAUCCCCAAAUGUCAGUCCGACGGCUGCCUGCCAUGUUGACAGGGGGCUACCCUCCUGUUUGGAGCAGAUUAGCAAGGUGGGAAGAGAGAAAUAUAGAGCUACUCAUGUUACUGUUAACUGCAGAGAACUGAGCUAGAGGGCUCCCCUUUUCUGGAGUGCAAGGGAGAGCUUUGUCUGACCUUCGAGGCUGUAUCCUGGGAAGAUCUUUCUUUCUCUUUCCUCCUAGGGAUCUGCUGCCACAUUUUGCAUAAAUCAAGCACUGUCCCUUUGUCCUUGCUGUCAGCCCCUACCAGAGGCAUGCACAGAAGUUUACAAGUUUUUUUCUAUAAGCUUUUGGAUAAUGUGAAGCUCUAGAUUAUGCAGUUGCUAUUGAGCACACUGCAGUUAUGUAUCUUUUUUGGUGUAUAUGUAAUAAAGAGUGAAGAAAAUUUCCAAAAGACAAAUGCUUAAAUACACACGGAAGCCAAAGCAUGAGGCAUAUUGUUAGUCUUGAGAUGGGCUACAUGAUUGUGAUGUAUAAAUUAAAAUCCUCUAUCUGUUAAGUGCUGGGGAAGGGAUGGGGGAAAGAAAUAUUACACACACACAAAAUCAAUUUCUAGCCUUGAUUCUGUACAGUAUUUAAAACCGAUGGAACUGUCUAUUGGGGAAAUGCUUAGAAGUGUGUUACUUUUGCAGCUGUGUGAAUGCUUGGUUGCUUACAAUAUCUGUAUAAAGUAUUGUGUGAUUAAUCUUUUUUUACUUGCAAACUUUGUUUGGCUAAUUAAGAUGUAGUAAUAAAGGAGAGAAAGUGGCUUGCCAUUAUGUUUUGCCGCUGUU